GAGGGGGAAAAAAGGGGGCGUUCUGUGCGUGCGAGGCAAAACAACGCUUGGCGAAUUGAGGCAUGGGCCAGUCUCUGAUGAAGCUCUUCUUCGACGACUCCUGCCAGAAAGAAGUGAAGGUUGUGAUGCUUGGGCUGGACGCCGCCGGCAAAACGACGGCACUGUACCGGCUGCACGUCGGCGAAGCUCUGUCGACGGUGCCGACAAUCGGUUUCAACGUGGAGAAAGUUGAGUACAAGAACGUGGCCUUCACGGUGUGGGACGUCGGAGGGCAGGACAAGCUGCGGCCGCUGUGGAGGCAGUACUUGAGCAACUCGGACGCCCUGAUAUACGUUGUUGAUUCGGUGGACAGGGACCGGAUUGGGGUUGCCAGGGAGGAGUUCCAGGCCAUCGUCAAGGACCCGCUCAUGCUCAGCAGCGUUGUCCUGGUGCUCGCCAACAAGCAGGAUAUGAAAGGCGCGAUGAGCCCCUCCGAAGUGGGGCAGCGCCUGGGCCUGUACGACCUCAAGAACAGGACGUCGCGUGCCGUGGGGGCCUGCGCGCUCACCGGCGAGGGCCUGCACGAGGGGCUCGGUUGGCUAGCGGCGACCCUCAAGGACGCGCGCGCAUGGGGAACCUCCGUCCGCUUCUAGCUCUAGGCCAUUUUGUUUUCCCAUUCUAUCACUAUUUUCCUGCGAAAUAGGCAGGUCAUUUUUGUUAAGUAACCCUAGUUAGGGUUAUGUGGGCAAAUACCGACUUUGCUCCUGAGGGGUCUCACAUCUCUAUAUAAGGAACAUGUACACCCCUUCAUAAUACAGAGAUCAGAAAGAGGCCAGAGGCCCAACCUUA